AUGGAUGUGGCGACCGAGCCCGUGCAGGUCGACUCCAGACAGCCAUCAUCAAUCACAAAGACCUCUUCGUGGACCUCACUGCCAGCGGAAAUACGCCAAAAGAUACUAAGCCAGGUGAGCUUGUCCGCCUCUGGGAGGGGACACAAGGGCCUGGGCUCCCCAAAGGUGGCUCGAUUCACUGCAGUCUGCCGGGAGUGGCAGGUCUUCUUUGAGACGUGCACAUUUCGGCGUCUUGUGCUUAACCCCGACUCUCUCGGCGAGUUUGACGCAAUCGUCAGACGACACGACGCUCGUUUGGGGUAUAUCCGAAAACUCUGGCUUCGGGUUCAGCUCCCGAGGUACGAGUGUCCCGAUUGUGAUGAGACGGAGGACGAGGCAACGCAGCGCUGCAACAACAAGAUAUUCACAACGUGUAUUCGGUCCCUGCUGGGAACCCUCAAGCUCUGGGAUCCCGUGAGACAUGGGGGAGAGGGACUGGCGCUGAUGUUGUCUGCUUCCUCGCCCAGCGAUUCAGAGCAUCGGUUUAAGCGAUGCGAAAUCAGGGACGAUUAUCCAUUUCACUACACCGAAGACCUGUAUUCUGCACCUGGCAUGGCUUUUUUUCACCGGGUCAACAUCGCGGGUUUGUUCAGCCGUUAUUUUCAUCGCGACCGCCUUCCGCCAUGGGGCGAUCAACAUCUCAAAAGGGUGCAGGGAACUCCGCUCCGCUUGGAACGACAAAGGGGUGAGCGCGGCCGCUUCAUCAGUCCAUGCAAGAGUUUUCCUGCCGUGCCCAUAGUCAGAAGCCUGGUCAUGCGUAGACAGUUUCGCAGGGAUAUUCACGUAAGGGCCUUGUCUUGGCUACUCGCUCGAAGCUUUGUGGCAUUGGAGUGGUUGCACUUGGAGAGGACUGUUUCCCUGGAGCCCCAGGAGGAAAUUUCCUUCCAUCAAGGCUUCCAACUGCACCUGCUGCCCUCCCUGCCGAAAACACUGCGCCGACUCUCCUUUACGCGGUGGAAAAUCCCCAAGACUGAGCGCUACUAUGAUGUCGAGCAAGUGGGAUCUAGAAUUCCUCCCCAUGACCAAGACUUCCUGCCUCGGGAGAUGGCAAGGCUCUCUCAACGACUACAGCAGCUCUGCCCGCCAUGGCAGAUGGACACCGCUGCCUUUCUUCGGUCCCUCGUUCAACUGAGGGAAUCACCAGGGAUGCUUGAAAGCUCCCUAAAACACGUAAUCCUGCGUUGUUUGCUCCCAAGCUCCCAAGAAAGCAGAGAAAAUUUCGAAUCGCUGGCACUCCUCGCAGCCAAUGCGGCUCUGUCGCUUCCCCAACUGCAAGUCAUGGAGCUAUGGGGUACCUGUCUUGACGGAGCUGAAAGCAGGGCCUACAUCUUCCAGUACGCUCGCCAAGACCGUCGAGCCAGUAUCGUCUGGAGGAGCUGUCAAGAGGCCAUGGUGGCUCGGGCGCGGAUUCUCCGCCGCUGGACCGACGUGGCCCAGAAACACUCGUAUUCGACUCUCGCGUACAAGUUUGUCCCCUUUGCCGAGACCAAUGCGGAGAUUUUCUGGUCUGAUGGAGCCUGUGUAUAUCAGCAUCUACUGCUCAAAGAUUUAUUGUUUGAUCCAAUUACGCGGGUCAUCGUGGAGAACGAGCCUUAUCAAUGGCGUGGUUUAUCGAGGCAAGGUGAUGAUGCUCUGGAGAAUCUCGGAACUCCAAAUUUGUUGGGUGGCCAUUUAUGA